UCUCCAUGGCGGUCAGCUCAGCACUUCUCCUUCUGAGCAAUUCAUGCUUCCAAGCCUCAAGCCCUGUCAACUGGUCUGUUCCCUAGGCCUUUAGCUCCGUUUCCUCUCCAACGGUCACGAGGACUAGUUCCCUCUUCUAAUCCCAUAGCCCCUGAAAGCAUUAUUCGUGUGAAAGAUUUAGCGUCGACGACACGAUAAGGAAAACAUAGAAGCUAAAACGAGUCAGAAUACGAAUUCAGACAUCAUAGAAGGGACCAGUAGCUCCGGCGCUCUAAAUUAAGCUUAUCUAUCCCCACUCACUGCGCGCCAUGCCGGUGUACAACAUCUGUUCGAUACCCGUGUCGUUUCCGUACGAGGCGUACGACUGCCAGAUCGUGUACAUGACCAAAGUCAUGCAAUCUCUCCUUCAGGGCGGAAACGGGCUGCUGGAAUCGCCGACGGGGACGGGGAAGACGCUCUGCCUGCUGUGCGCGUCCCUGGCAUGGCAGGCCAGCCUCAUCUGCGCAAAGAAGCGGAGAGAAGCGGAGCUGCGGAAAGCCGUGCGCGAGGGGCGAGGGACGGUGCGCCAACCGAGCCAGGGGACCGAAGGCGGGGGAGUGCACCUGUCGCAGGGGUCGUACGAAUCGUCGCAGGGAUCGCAGGGGUUGGGGAAGCAGCAAGAGAUGAAAGGAAGGGUUGGGGAAUGGGGCGAAGGCGGGGGCAUAGGAUGCAGUAGCGGAAGCAAAGGGGGAAGUCAGAAGUUGAGGAAUGGGGUCGGGGGGAAUGGCUUGCCAGGGGUAGGCGGCGGAGUAGGUCCGCCAGGAGCGGGAAUGGCGGAGGGAGGCGACUUCGAGGAGGAGAGGAUUCCGACGAUUAUCUAUGCGUCACGCACACAUGCCCAGCUGCAGCAGGUGGUGCGAGAGCUGAAAGCGACCUCGUACCGUCCGCGCAUGUGCAUUCUGGGGUCACGAGAGCACACGUGCGUGCAUAAGAAGGUGUCCAAGCUGAGAGGCAAGACGCAGAGCCACACGUGCAGGCAGCUGGUCAAACGGCGCAGGUGCCACCACAACCUCAUGGCGGCAGAGUAUGUCAGGAUGAACCCGAACAAGGCGUCAGAGCCGCAUGACAUUGAGGACCUGGUGAAGCUGGGCCGCAUGGAGGGACCCUGCCCCUACUACAUCUCACGGGGAUUCCUGGAGAAGGCGGAGAUAAUCUUCAUGCCCUACAACUACGUGCUGGACCGCGAGUACCGCAAGAACCUCAGUGCGCUCAGGCUGGAGGGCGCCGUGCUCAUCUUCGACGAGGCACACAACCUGGAGCGAUUGCUAGCAGACCAGGCAUCAGUGCAGCUCUCCACGUCCCUCCUCUCCGCCUGUGCAGCCGAAGCAGCCAAAUGUGCCGCCAUUGCCACGGCCCGCGUCUCCUUUGCACCUUCCAGCUCCCAACCCCCAGAGGGAGGGGAUGGGGGAAUGGGGGGAGGCGGCAAAGGAGGGAGGGGAGAACGAGGAGGAAGGGGAGGGAGCAAACUGUUUGACUUCCCCAUGCAUGCCUUCGUGCAUGGCUUUGCUGUUGCUGCCCGUGCUGCUGCUGCUGGUGCCGAUGGUGCUGGUGCUGCCGGCGGUGUUGCUGCUGCUGGUUGUGGACUUGCUGGUGCUGGUGCUGGUGCUGGUGCUACCAUAGGAGGCAUGCCUGCCAGUGCAGGGGGGGCGUGGAACAAAGGGCGAGUGGUGGGCGGAGGGGAGGAGGUGGGCGUGGCCUUCCCAGGGAGCUACAUCUACGAGUUUCUGGCACAGCUCAACAUCACCCCUGCGACUUCCCUCUCACUGCUCUCAACCGUACAGCACGCCCUGGUGCUGCUCUCAGAUGACGCGGCAGCACUAUCACCUGGGGAAGCGGAGGCGGGCGGGGCAGAGGCAGGAGGGGAGAGGGAAGGGGGCACCGAGGGGGGGUCAGGGGCAGGGAGAGGAGCAGGAGGAGGGCCAGCAGUGUCGUUUCGUCUGGAGCAGCUGGUGACGGCGCUGCAGCAGAUCUUCCCCUCCGGAGGACCCCCGUCCACAUCCCACUCCAAUUCGUUCAAGGUGUGCAUAACAGAGCGCAAGGUGAAGGCAAAGAAAAAUGCAUCGGUGGCCGCACCCGCUGUGGUUCGAACACUCAACUGGUGGUGCUUUGACCCGGGGCUCGUGAUGCAGCAGAUCCGAGCUCUGGGGGUUCGCUCCAUGCUGCUCACCAGCGGGACCCUCGCUCCGCUGCAGCCCUACGCGUCCGAGCUCAGAGUACCUUUUCAGCAGCAGCUGGAGAAUGCGCACGUGAUAAGCCAGGAGCAGGUGUGGGCGGGCGUGCUGCCAGUGGGGCCGUCAGGAGUGGCCCUCAACUCGGGCUUUAAGACGCGCUCCCAACACGACUAUCUGCACGACAUGGGCUCCGCUAUAGUCAACAUCUGCCGCAUUGUCCCGGGCGGCGUGCUUGUCUUCUUCCCCUCCUACUCCUGCAUGGACUCGUCCCUCCAGGCCUGGCAACUGCCCCCUGCAGGGCGGCAGGAUUCGGCAGCAUUAUCGGUGUGGCAGCGCAUUGGCAUGCACAAGCAGGCAGUGGUGGAGCCAAAGGACUCGGCACUGCUGGGUCAGGCCAGGGAGGACUAUGUGCGGAAGCUGGAGGAGGAGGGGUCGAAGGGUGCAGUACUGUUUGCUGUGUGCCGGGGCAAGGUGAGCGAGGGGAUCGACUUUGCGGACAAUCUGUCUCGGGCUGUCGUCAUCACUGGCAUCCCAUACGCACAGCAGAUGAGCCCGCAGGUGGUUCUAAAGAAGGAAUAUUUGGACGAGCGGGUCACAGCCCAGCAGCACCAACUCUACAAACAGCCUGAUGCUUUCACCGCCAACUCUGCUUGCAUUUCGCCAGUAUCAGGAGCGCAGUGGUACACCCUGGAUGCCAUAAGGGCCGUGAAUCAGGCCGUGGGGCGGGUGAUUCGGCACCGCAACGACUUUGGAUCCAUCAUUCUGCUCGAUGAGAGGUUCGCAGACCCUAAGCUGAAGGACCGCCUUUCCAUGUGGAUCCGCCCAGCGCUCAAGGUCUACAGUGGCUUCGGCGAGGCGGCAUUCUCCCUCACCAAGUUCUUUCGCAACCAGCCCGAUGCAGCCCAGCCCAAGCCUGUGCUCCCAGAGCCCCUCUCCUCCAACGGCACCCAUUCACCGUCGCACGUGCAUGCUGCUGGCCCCAUGGCCAGGCACGCAGCAGAAGCCGUUGCUGCUGCUGUUUCGCCUGCAAUGGAAUUCAUCUCGCUCCUCCCUCCCAGCCGUUCAUUGCUGGAAUCGGACCCAAUGCUUGUUCCAGCAGCCAAUGACGUGUCGGCAGCAAGGCACCAGAGCGCAACCGCCAAGGCAGAAGGUGGAAGAUACGAGGAGAAAGUUCGCGAGGGGGGUAGUACGGGUGAGGGUGGAGGAAUUGGCACAAGCGGCAGGAGGGGCGACGUGGGGGCAACUGAUAGGAAGCAGGCAGGUGGAACGGAGGAGGCAGUGGAGGGGAAUGCAGGGAAGAACUCCCGGGUGCCUACUUUCUUCUCCCCAAGCACACUACGGCAAACUCCCACCUCAGCCUCCUCACUGCUCGCUGCUGCUCGUGGCCACACCACCAACCAAUGUAGCCCAAUCGCCCAGCAGAAAGCAACUUCCCAGCACCAGUCAACAACCCAACGGCACUCAACCGCCCAGCAAAACCCAACCAGAGUCCACACCUCACCUGCUUCUCUCGUUGUCGACUUGACUCAAGACUGCACAGCAACUGAUCCCCUAUCCCCGACUACUGUUCCUCCCUGCUGCACCCCCCCUGUGCCCUCUGCUUCCCCUGCCUCGCUCCCUCCUGAAGGUGAUGAAGGGAGCAGAGAAACGGCGCUGGGAGGCGGGAAGCGGAGACGGGAUGAGUCAGCAGAGCUGGAUGGAUGCACGGAGGGCAAAGGCGGAGUGAGAAGGAGAGGAGCAGGGGAGGUGAAGGUUGAAGAUGCAGGGAGGAUGGUGGGCAGGAAGGGAGCAGAGGGCAGAGAGCAGCAGGGUGAAGCAGGCAGAGCAAUAGCAGGGAGAGGAGGAGCAGAGAGAGGGGCGGAGAGAGGGGCGGGGAGAGGGGCAGAGGGAGGAGGAGCAGUAGUGGCAAGAGAAGAACGGUGGAGGAAUUGCAGCAGCGGUGCAGCUUGUGCUGGGGCUGAAGCCGCACCGCUGCGGUGUGCCAGCGGCAGCACACACUCACGAGGAUGUAGAACUCCAGAGGGGAAUUUUGAGCCGACUCAAAAAUCACCUGGACCCAUGCAGUGUGCCAGAACACGCAUUGGGGGAUGUACAACACCGGAGGGGUUCUUGGGACGCAGAAGAAAAAGAGGAUGUGAAGGAAAUGAGGGCGUUGAAGGGCAAUCGAGCGAGUCUGUUGAGAUUAGCGAUCCCAUUAGCAAUCGCGGAAAGGUUGGGGACAUGAUGAGGCAACAUGGAGCGGCGACAGGUACUGAAGAGAGUAAGGAGUUAAAUAAGGAAAUGCGCAAUGUGGAGAGAAGCAGGGUAAGUAAGGAAACGGGCAAACAGGCAGGGGGGGGCACAGCAACACGGGAGGAGAAGGACAGACGAGCGCGGGAGUACCUGAAUGUGGUGCAGACGACUCUGGCCCCUCCAGACUACCAAGCCUUCCUCCGCCUCCUCCGGGAGUUCCGGGCCAACCGAGGGCAGAAUCAGCAACCUUCAGGGCAGCAGCAGCAGCAGCCCGUGUUUUCUUCCGCGUCUCAACCACCAGCAGCAGCAGCAACAGUGAUGCUGGGUAGUAGAACAACAGCAACAACACGAAGGGAUCUUCUGCACUCGCUUGCGUUGCUCUUCGGGGCUUCCAACCAGCUCCCACUGUUGGCAGGCUUUGACGCGUUUCUUUGCAAGCAAGAGGACAAAGCUAUGCUGAAGCAAUUGUUAGGAAACACUGCUGGAUAAAUCUCAGCGACUAGAUUUUCCACACGUACAAAAUUGCCUUAGUAAGCCGCCAAAUAUUGAUUUCUACCAUCGGUUGAUAGGCUAUGAGCUAAAGGCAAAGUCGGAUUUACCUAGUCCAUGUUAGGCUCAUGGACAAGUGAAUUGAACUGAAUUGAACUGGUGUAAGGAAAUGGUAUUUCCUUCUCACGGGUACUGUAAUCUCCCAGCAUGAAUACCCCUCCGAAAAAGGGACCAUGGGGCUUCAUUCCGGACACAGGGUCUUUUUAUCGCGAAUACCUCGUGAGGACCCGUUUUUUAGG